AUGGUUCUGCGAAACUUCCAGACGGAUGUCCUACAGGAUCUAUGUUCUGCGGAACAGCUGGAUCUUCUCAAUUCGAUCGAUACUCUCCGCUCCCAGGGCAUAAGCCACUAUAUCUCCCUGCCACAGAUCAUAGUCUGUGGUGAUCAGUCAUCGGGAAAGAGCUCUGUUCUCGAGGCUAUAUCGGGUGUUGGAUUUCCAGUCAAAAGCAACCUUUGCACUCGGUUUCCUACUGAGCUCGUCCUUCGAAAGCAUACCCAUGUGGGUGUCCGUGUAUCUAUCGUGCCGCACCACUCUCGCAGCGAUUUUGAGCAACGAUCGCUUAGCGAUUUCUGCGAACAGCUAGAUAGCUUCGAAGGGUUACCCAUCCUGAUUGAGAAGGCCAAAGGAGCCAUGGGAAUAACGACCCACGGAAAAGCCUUCUCCAACGACCUCUUGAGGAUCGAGGUGUCGGGGCCAGACCGCCCACAUCUGACCAUCGUGGACCUCCCCGGGCUAAUCCAUUCGGAAACCAAACAACAAUCGGCGAGGGAUGUUCAGCUUGUCCAGGACGUGGUUCAGUCCUACAUGAAGGAGCCGCGCAGCGUUAUCCUGGCCGUUGUGUCUGCCAAGAAUGACUUUGCGAAUCAAAUCGUUCUGAAGCUGGCUCGAGAGGCUGACCCAUUCGGGAAAAGGACGCUUGGCAUCAUAACAAAACCUGACACUCUGGCAGCCGGGUCCGAGAGUGAAGCGAUGUUUGUGUCAUUGGCGAAGAAUCUGGAUGUGGAGUUCCGGCUGGGGUGGCACGUCCUGAAGAACAUGGACAUGGAUAAAGGCCAAUGGACCCUGGAGCAGCGCGAUGUCGAGGAAGCCAAUUUCUUUUCGCAAAGUAUAUGGAAAGACUUGCCGACCUCAAUAGUUGGCAUCGAAAGCCUACGAACGCGAUUGAGUAAGGUGCUGCUUUCACAGAUCGCUACCGAGCUACCAAGCUUGAUCAGAGAGAUCGAAGACAAAGUGGACCAGUGCAGAUCUCGGCUUCAAAGACUUGGUGAACCACGGAUUACCAUUGACGAGCAGAGGUCGUAUCUUCUGAAUAUCAGUCAGUCAAUCCAGGAGCUUGUGAAAGCGGCUAUUGAUGGGACAUACAACGAUCCCUUCUUCGGGGAUGCCCGCUCGACCAACGGGUAUCAUAAGAGAAUACGAGCCAUCGUGCAAAAUUUCAACGAAGAAUUUGCUGACCGAAUCGGCCGACAGGGCCAUUAUCGACGUAUCUGUGAGCACACCGACGAACAGACGCCCGACCAGCACCAGCUCCGUGUUACCAGAGAAGAUUAUAUCAAGCACAUCUGCCAUCUUCUCAAAAGAACAAGGGGUCGCGAGCUGCCGGGGACAUUCAACCCCAUGAUCGUUCGUGACCUGUUCUUGGAACAGUGCUCUCCGUGGGAAAGACUGACCCGUGGCCACACGGACGGUGUGUGGGCUGCUGCCAGAGAGUUUCUCGCGCUUGUGGUCAAACAUGUCACUGACGAAGCAACGUCAGAGGCAUUAAUUGAUGAGAUCAUAAUCCCAGCUUGUGACUCUAUUAAAACCGAGAUGAAUGCCAAGACCGAAGAGCUGCUGAUGCCGCACCAGAAGGGUCAUCCCAUUACUUACAAUCAUUACUUCACGGAAACGCUGCAGAAGAUCCGGGCCGCACGCCAGGAAGAUGAGAUAUCCAAAAUUCUACAGCAAUUCUUUGGGGUUGAUUGUUUGAAGGAUCCUUAUUACUCUACCCAUGCCAUAAAUCUUGAGCAACUUGCCAAAACGCUCCAUCAACAUUCGGAACCAGACAUGGUGCGUUAUGCGUCUAUUGAAGCAUUGGACUGUAUGCUAGCCUACUACAAGGUGACUCUCCGCCCGUAUCCUAGCGACCUUUGUGGAUCUGACAGAAAAUAG